AAACUGUCACCAAAUUUACCACUCACUCAAUUUCCAAACCCUUCUUCAACCAAAAAAAAAACAAAAAAGAAACACAAUGAGCCAUGGCCAACCAACUAGGCUUCAAGAAGAGAUUAACAACCAAGAACCCAUCAAAUACGGUGAAGUUUUCAAUGUCUCCGGUGACUUAGCAUCGGAAACAAUCUCUCCACAAGCGGCCGCUAAUAUGGCUGCAGCAGAAUUCAACGUAUUAGGACAGGCACAGCCAGGAAGUCCUGCUGCAGCCAUGCAAGCGGCCGCACUGAUCAACGAGGCAUCUGGACAAUGCCUCGUUGGUCGUCAUGGUAUAGCAGAAAUGGUCAAAGAUCAUGGUAUUCGUGUGACGGAAACAACGGCUGCUAACCGUCGUGUUGUGACGGAGGCGGUUGAUGGUCAGAUUAUAGGGCGGCGCGUGGAGCCUGAUGCGCACUUUGUGCCUAUGAAUAUGGGCUCUGCGGCUAUAGAUGGCGAUCCGAUCACCAUCGGAGAGGCGUUAGAAGCUGCAGGGAUAUCGGUUGGUGAUAAACCGGUGGAUCAGAAUGAUGCGGAUGCGAUCAGUGCUGCUGAGAUUAGGGCUACCGGAGAGAGGUGUGUGAGGCCUGACGGUGUCGGGGCUACGGCGCAAUCUGCGGCCACUCUCAACAGCCAUGCUAAUCGGAUUGAAGAGAUGACAAAACUUUCUGAUGUGUUAACGGAUGCGACGGAUAAGCUGGCGGCGGACAGGGCGGUGACGAUAGAAGACGCAGAAGCUGUGUAUGAUGCAGAGGUGCAUAAGAAUUCAUCAACACAACAAAUGAUGAAUAUUGCUGAACCUGGUGGAAUAGCUGCAUCCAUGGCCACAGCAGCUAAACUCAACCAAGAAACAUGAAGAACCAUGGUCUUUUACAAAUUUCCUUUUUUCUUUUUUUGUUAAAAUAAGCUUAACUUGACAUUAUACAAACAAAGUCAUGUAAAUUAGUAGUUACCAGUGAGUUUAUUUGCAUCUAAUUAGUUGUAGCCACUGAGUUAUUUUACAUGUGAAAUUUAAUAGUAGUAGUUUGGGAACUUAUUUUUCA